AUGGAUGAGGUCAUCAAGGAAUUAAAAAAAUUUAUUGAAUUUGAAGACUCUCAAGAACAGGAAAAAAAGGAUUUACAGACCCGAGUAGAAUCUCUAGAAUCUCAAACAAGACAACUUGAACUCAAAGCAAAAAACUAUGCUGACCAGAUUAGCAGACUUGAAGAAAGAGAAGCAGAACUGAAGAAAGAAUAUAAUGCAUUACAUCAAAGACAUACUGAGAUGAUCCAUAAUUACAUGGAGCACUUAGAAAGAACAAAACUUCAUCAACUCUCAGGGAGUGAUCAACUAGAGUCUACAGCUCAUAGUAGAAUUAGAAAAGAACGCCCUAUAUCAUUAGGGAUUUUCCCAUUACCUGCUGGAGAUGGAUUGCUUACACCUGACACUCAGAAAGGCGGUGAGACCCCAGGAUCAGAGCAGUGGAAAUUUCAGGAAUUAAGUCAACCACGUUCCCAUACCAGUCUGAAGGUCAGCCAUAGUCCUGAACCUCUGAAGACAGUAGAACAGGAGGAUGAACUUUCUGAUGUUAGCCAAGGUGGAUCUAAAGCCACCACACCAGCAUCAAUAACCAAUUCAGAUGUGUCAGCAAUCCCUCCUGACACUCCAUUAAAAGAAGAUAAUGAAGGACUUGUAAAGGGCACAGAUACACUAAAUAAAUCAGAUGUAAGCAAGCACAUUGAAGUACAAGUAGCCCAAGAGACUAGGAAUGUAUCUACAGGCUCUGCUGAAAAUGAAGAGAAAUCAGAAGUUCAAGCAAUCAUUGAAUCCACUCCUGAAUUGGAUAUGGACAAAGAUCUCAGUGGAUAUAAAGGUUCAAGUUUGAUAGGAAUGGGUCGGGAAGUUGAGAAUCUCAUACUAGAGAAUACACAACUAUUAGAAACCAAAAAUGCUUUGAAUGUAGUGAAGAAUGAUUUGAUAGCAAAAGUGGAUGAGUUGACCUGUGAGAAAGAUGUGCUGCAGGGGGAACUGGAGGCUGUGAAGCAAGCCAAGCUGAAGCUAGAGGAAAAGAACAAAGAACUGGAGGAAGAGCUUAGGAAAGCUCGUGCAGAAGCUGAAGAUGCCAGGCAGAAGGCAAAAGAUGAGGAUGAUAGUGAUAUUCCCACAGCCCAAAGGAAGCGAUUUACUAGAGUAGAAAUGGCGCGUGUUCUCAUGGAGAGAAACCAGUAUAAAGAAAGAUUGAUGGAGCUUCAAGAAGCUGUUCGAUGGACAGAGAUGAUUAGAGCAUCAAGAGAAAAUCCAGCCAUGCAAGAAAAAAAAAGGUCAAGCAUCUGGCAGUUUUUCAGCAGACUUUUCAGCUCUUCUAGUAAUACAACAAAGAAGCCUGAACCUCCUGUUAAUCUGAAGUACAAUGCACCCACCUCUCAUGUCACUCCUUCUGUCAAGAAAAGAAGCAGCACUUUAUCUCAGCUCCCUGGGGAUAAGUCCAAAGCCUUUGAUUUCCUUAGUGAAGAAACUGAAGCUAGUUUAGCCUCACGCAGGGAGCAGAAGAGAGAACAGUAUCGGCAGGUGAAGGCGCAUGUUCAGAAGGAAGAUGGUAGAGUGCAAGCUUUUGGCUGGAGUCUGCCUCAGAAGUACAAACAGGUAACCAAUGGUCAAGGGGAAAAUAAGAUGAAAAAUUUACCUGUGCCUGUCUAUCUCAGACCUCUUGAUGAAAAAGAUACAUCCAUGAAGCUCUGGUGUGCUGUUGGAGUUAAUUUAUCUGGUGGGAAGACCAGAGAUGGCGGUUCUGUUGUUGGAGCAAGUGUGUUUUACAAAGAUGUUGCUGGUUUGGACACUGAAGGCAGUAAGCAGCGAAGUGCAUCUCAGAGCAGCUUAGAUAAGCUAGAUCAAGAACUUAAGGUAGGAGCCCGAGAAACAGAUUAUCCUGCAGGAGAAGAACUUUCAGAAUCUGGUCAGGUGGACAAAGCAUCUUUAUGUGGAAGCGUGACCAGCAACAGCUCAGCAGAGACGGAUAGCCUUUUGGGAGGCAUCACAGUGGUCGGUUGCUCCACCGAAGGUGCAGUAGGAACUGCCACCUCCCCUAGUACCAAUGGUGCUUCUCCAGUAAUAGAAAAGCCACCAGAAAUGGAGGUGGAGAACAGUGAGGUUGAUGAAAAUGUUCCAACAGCCGAAGAAGCAACUGAAGCCACAGAAGGCAAUGCAGGGUCCACUGAAGAUACUGUGGACAUGUCCCAAAGUGGCGUGUACACAGAACAUGUUUUUACAGAUCCAUUAGGAGUUCAAAUCCCAGAAGAUCUCUCCCCAGUCUAUCAGUCAAGUAAUGAUUCAGAUGUGUAUAAAGAUCAAAUAUCAGUAUUGCCAAAUGAACAAGACCUGGUGAGAGAAGAAGCUCAGAAAAUGAGUAGUCUUUUACCAACCAUGUGGCUUGGAGCUCAAAAUGGCUGUUUAUAUGUCCACUCAUCUGUAGCCCAGUGGAGGAAAUGUCUCCAUUCCAUUAAACUUAAAGACUCGAUUCUCAGUAUUGUGCAUGUGAAAGGAAUUGUGUUAGUGGCCCUGGCAGAUGGCACACUUGCAAUCUUUCACAGAGGAGUUGAUGGACAGUGGGAUUUGUCAAACUAUCACCUGUUAGACCUUGGACGGCCUCACCAUUCCAUCCGAUGCAUGACUGUGGUACACGACAAAGUCUGGUGUGGCUACAGGAACAAAAUCUAUGUGGUUCAGCCAAAGGCUAUGAAAAUAGAGAAAUCAUUUGAUGCACACCCGAGGAAGGAGAGCCAAGUGCGGCAGCUUGCAUGGGUAGGUGAUGGCGUGUGGGUCUCCAUUCGUUUGGACUCCACACUCCGUCUCUAUCAUGCACACACAUACCAACAUCUGCAGGAUGUGGACAUUGAGCCUUAUGUGAGCAAAAUGCUAGGUACUGGAAAACUGGGCUUCUCUUUUGUAAGGAUCACAGCUCUUAUGGUGUCUUGCAAUCGUUUAUGGGUAGGGACGGGAAAUGGUGUCAUUAUCUCCAUCCCGUUGACAGAAACAAAUAAAACCUCAGGAGCACCAGGUAAUCGUCCUGGAAGUGUAAUUCGUGUCUAUGGUGACGAAAACAGUGACAAAGUGACACCAGGGACAUUUAUUCCCUAUUGUUCAAUGGCACAUGCACAGCUUUGUUUCCACGGGCACCGGGAUGCUGUGAAAUUCUUUGUGGCAGUCCCAGGUCAAGUCAUUAGCCCACAGAGUGGCAGUCCUGGCACAGAGCUAACAGGUGACAAAGCAGUGUCAUCCUCUCAGGAGUCCGGCAGCCAGACACCUGUGAAGUCUAUGCUUGUCAUCAGUGGAGGAGAGGGCUACAUCGACUUCCGGAUGGGUGAUGAAGGUGGAGAAUCAGAACUCCUUGGAGAGGAUCUUCCACUGGAACCUUCAGUCUCCAAAGCUGAAAGGAGUCACCUGAUAGUGUGGCAAGUGAUGUGCGGCACUGAGUGAGCCCCUAGGAAACAGGCAGAGACGGGGAAGCAUCUCUUCUGCAUGGCUUAUUUUCCCUUUUCCUCUUAAUUUAAUGCUCUUUUUGUGAAAUAAGUUUCACCACAUAAUGUGUGAGCAUUUUUUCCUGUUAACUUUAUAUUACAAUAUCUGUUUUUACCAUAACAAUACAGAGGAACUAGCUAUUUUACUGCACCAGUGUUAUAGGCAAUUUCAGUAUGUUGUGAACAAAUCAAAGAAUGUUUACUUUCUGCAAACUGGUGAAUUACAGAAAGCAAUCCAGAUGUGGUUUACUCUGCCGCAGUCUAAUGUCACUUACUUCAUUUGAUGGAGUCACUUUUUAGCUGUCACUAAUAAUGGAACUAAUGGAAAAACUUUAAAAUGAAGUUGUACCAUGACAUACAAUAGUAGAGUUUUCCCCAAUGUAUUAUAAAAUUGACACACACUAACACCAGAUUGAUUAUCAGGAUUUAUCUAAAUGUCCCAAGAGGGCUAAAAGCUAAUUGUAAAUUACUUAACUUUCACUUUCAAAAUUGACAAAUCUUGUUUAUAUGGUAUAUAAAACUUUGUUUUCAUCAGGUUUUGGGGGGUUUUAUAUUAAAGGAAUUAAGACUACACUAUUUAAAUAAAAGUUUCCUGUUUUUCUCUUAUUAGAGCUCCCUAAAGUAUAUGAGGCCUGCUUCUCUGAAUAUCCGGAUUUGUUUUUGAGAUUUGUUUCAUCCAUUUUCAUACUGAUACAUUUAAGAAGAGGUUUAUUGUUUAGAAAACUUAAAAAGAUAUUCCUGGAAGCUCAGAGAACAGUUUAAGUACUGGGAAGGUUUUUUUUUUUUUUAAAGGAAAUUGUGUUUGUGUCCCUUUUAACAAAGGAUGGUGGUAUUCCAUUCUGUUUUUUUCCAUGUCUGUGGACUGUUCAUGGGCUGCUUUUAUCUGUUAAUGAAAGUAAAACUGCCAUUAACAGAGUGGUGAUAAGAAUCUAGCCCAACCAGAUGAAUCCAGAAUUUGAAUUGGAAAUUUAUUUUCUUUUGUUCUAUCUGAAAAUAUCAAAUUGUACUUGGUAUUUUGGAUGUAAAUAACACAUUGAAGCUUUUGCACUCUCUUAAGCUCAAGAGCCACCUUCAAAGAGAAAAAGUAUGUCAGGAGGGAAACAAAGCCAAGAUGUCACAGAAAAAGUCAGGGUGGACAUUAUAUCUUUUCACUCACAACGUCCAUUUUAAAAAGUACAUUAGAGUCUGGGUUUAACUGAUGUUUAAUCAUUUUUUAAACCAUAAUGUAGUUUUUUCCCCUUCAAGCUUCCUGAAAAUGUUUGAUUUAUCAUUUCUUAUUCAUUACUCUUUGCAAAGCUAAACAUAAGUUUUUCUACUAUUUUAAGUUUAUUAACUUAUAGAAACAUAUUCCCAAUCAUAUCAUUGGAAGGUCUGCUUCAAAGAAAAGAAAGCAAACAUAGGUCUCUUAAUUGUCUAGCAUUCUUAAGUACCAGGGAUUUUUUUUUCUGAACUAUUAUGCAAAGAUGCCUGUAAAAAGAAUGUCAGUGACUCAUGCAUUUAUCUAAUUAGAUUAGAUUAUAAAGUACAUGGGGCUUAAUGAGCCCAAGGAGACUAUAGGAUCCAUUUGGCCGCAUGUUGUAUAAGCACAUUGUAUACACAAUAAGAUUGUGGUCACUGUAUGUUUUAGAAGGGAAAAAAAACCUGCUUUGGUAGAGCUAUAUUUACUGGAUAAUUUUGUGCUUGAGCUGUGUAGUCACUUUUGUUCAAGGCACAAAAUGUUGGCCGCUUUGCCAUAGCUUGUUCUGUCUUCAUUUUAAACCAGAGCCAUUUUUUUGGCAA